AUUUCUGUGACACUCCCGGAAACGCCAGAAAUAUCUGCAGAAAUAACGUGAAGUGGCGCUUUUCUCAUAAAAAGUGCUGCUUCAUCAGCACCAUGCUGCCCCUGUCCUCCUCCAGCAGUAAUGGGUCCUUGGGCUCCCGGGAUGCGGCACGCCACACUGCGGGGGCCAAGCGUUACAAAUACCUGAGGAGGCUGCUCCACUUCAGGCAGAUGGACUUUGAGUUUGCUCUGUGGCAGAUGUUUUACCUCUUCACGUCUCCUCAGAGGGUCUACAGAAACUUCCACUACAGGAAACAGACCAAGGACCAGUGGGCCCGGGACGACCCAGCCUUCCUGGUGCUGCUCAGUGUGUGGCUCUGCGUUUCCACAGUGGGCUUCGGGCUGGUUCUGGACAUGGGCAUUCUGGAGACAAUGAAGCUGCUGCUGUGGGUUGUGUUUGUCGACUGUAUUGGAGUCGGACUGCUCAUCUCUACACUUAUGUGGUUUAUCACAAAUAAGUACCUCCUUAAACAGCCGAGCCGGGACUUUGAUGUGGAGUGGGGCUAUGCUUUCGAUGUGCACCUAAACGCAUUCUACCCACUUUUAGUCAUCCUCCAUUUUCUACAGCUUCUGUUCAUCAACCAUAUCGUGGUGAUAAAUUCCGAUUGGUUUGUGGGUUAUUUCACAGGAAACACACUGUGGCUCAUAGCGAUCGGAUACUAUCUCUACAUCACCUUUUUAGGCUACAAUGUGCUGCCUUUCUUGAGAAACACCGUGGUUCUUCUGUAUCCAUUUGCGCUCCUCGUCCUCGUUUACAUCCUCUCUGUCUCGUUGGGAUGGAACUUCACCCGAGGACUCUGCGACUUUUACAAAUUCCGAGUGCGAUGAAGCAUCUGGACUUUGGCUCUGGACUAGGACAAAAUCUGUGUGCUUGUUUUCUGAGCUGUGGACAAUGUGGUUUUUGUAAAUUGUUUUGUAAAUAUGAUCCUGAAGGUUGUAAAGUAUUAAACAUGGGAGUGACUUUGACUCAGUUUUGUUGUAAAGGCCGUGUACAUUCCAAAGCACUUUGAAUAAACGCUUUUAUUUACAAAA